GCAGAGGUCUGGAAAAAUGCAAUCAUGCAUGCUGAGAGACAUCGUCUCAAAGUAGCAAAUAAUGUUUGCUGGUCUGAACUGCAUUGUCUCCAGUACUUUGACAUUGUCUGCUGCACAAUCAUUGAUCCAAUGCACAAUCUAUUCUUAGGUACUGCUAAAAGAAUGAUGGAGAGAUGGCUUGCAGAUAAAUUGAUUGAUGAUAAAAAACUCAUUGCCAUGCAAAAGGCUGUUAAGAAGGUAGUGUUGCUGCCUGAUUACAUGUCACUUGGGACAAAGAUUGCCAAGGGAUUUCCCUAUAUGAAAGCUGAUGAGUGGAUAUCUUGGUGCCAUGUGUACUCUCCUAUAGUUCUAAGGGAUAUGUUGCUAUUGCCAGAGUUCAAGAACUGGAUAGAGUCUGUUAACGUAUGCAGAUACUUCACCAAGCCUAGUGUUUCUGAAGAAGAUAUCAAGAAUGGACAUAUAUGCCUGGAGAAAUUUUGUAAUGAAUGCGAGACAGUAUAA